AUGUCUCUCUUUCUUUAUGUCUCUCUCUUUUCUCUCUCUCUCUCUAUCUCUCUCUCAUUUCUUUCUCUCUCAAUAUCCAUCUCUCUUUCCCUCUCUAUCUAUCUCAUCUUCUCUCUCUCUCUCUCUGUCUACUCUCAAUUUUCUCUCUCUUUCUAUCUCUAUCUCAUUUUCUCUCUCCUCUCUUUCUCUGUCUCACUUUUCUCCCUCUCUCUUUAUCUCUCUAUCUCAUUUCUCUCUCUCUCCUCUCUCUCUGUCUCUGUCAAUCUCCCAUUUCUCCUCUCUAUCUCAUUUCUCUCUCUUUCUCUUCUCUCUCUGUCUCAUUUCUCUCUCCUCUCUCUAUCUCUAUCUCAUUUUCUUUCCCUCUCUAUCUCUAUCUCAUUUCUCUCUCUCUCUCAUUCUCUAUCUCUCUUUUUCUCUCUCUCUAUGUCUAUCUCAUUUCUCUUCUCUCUUUUCUCUCUAUCUCAUUUUUCUCUCUCCUCUCUGUCUGACUCAUUUCUUUCUCUCUUUUUUCUCUAUCUCUUUCUAUCUCUCUCUGACUCUCUAUGUCUAUCUCUUUUCUUCUCUCUCUAUCUCUAUCUCAUUUCUCUCUUUCUAUGUCUCUCUCAUUUUCUCUUUCUCUGUCUAUCAUUUUUCUCUCCUCUAUGCUAUCUCAAUUUCUCUUCUCUGUCUCUCUAUCUCAUUUCUCUCUCUCUAUGUUAUCUCAUUUUCUCUCCCCUCUCUAUGUCUAUCUCAUUUUCUCUAUCUCCUCUCUCUCUGUCUAUCUCUCACCCAAUAUUUCCAUGUCUUUCUCAUUUUUUCCCUCUCUAUCUCAUUUUCUCUCUCUCCUCUCUUCUCUCAAUAUUUCUCUCUCUCUGUCUAUCUCAUUUUCUCUCUCUCUCUUUCUUCUCUUUCUCUUCCUCUUUUUCUCUCUCUCUUUCUAUCUUUUUCUCUCAUCUCUCUUUCUCUCAUUCAUUCUCUCCCCUCUCUAUGUCUAUCUCAUUUUUUCUCUCUCCUCUGUCUUUCUAUCUCUUUCUUUCCCCUCUCAUGUCUAUCUCAUUUUUCUCUCCUCUCUAUCUCUAUCUCAUUUCUCUCUCUCUUCAUUCUCAUUUCUCUCUCAAUAUCCAUCUCUUUCUCUCUCUCUCAUUUCUCUCUCUUUUUCUCUCUCCCUCUCUUUCUUUCAUCCUUUAUCCCAUCUCUCUUUUCUCUCUUAUCCUCUCUAUGUCUAUCUCAUUUUCUCUUCCCUCUCUAUGUCUAUCUCAUUUUCUCUCUCCUCUCUAUCUCUCUUUUCUCUCUCUUCCCUCUCUCUCUCUUUCAAUCUCACUUUCUUUCUCUCUCUAUCUCAUUUCUCUCUCUAUUCUCUGUCUCUUUCUCUCUCUCUUCUAUCUCAUUUUUUCUCCUCUCUAUCUCUAUCUCACUUUUCUCUAUCUCUCUCUCUUUUCUUUCUCUAUCUUUCUCUCUCUCCUCAUUUUCUCUCUGUCUCUCUAUCUUCCCAUCUCUCUAUCUCUUUCUCUAUCUCAUUUUCUCUCUCUCUCCCAAUCUAUUAUCUCUCUCUAUUCCUCUCUAUUUCAUUUCUCUCUCUCUCUCCCAUCUCUCUGUCUGACUCUCCCAUUUCUCUUUCCUCUCUAUCUAUCUCUCUUUCUCUCUUUCUCUCUCUGA